AUGUUUACUGAUUCUCCUCCAACGACUGAUCAGCAAGAGUCAAAGUCUCCUACAAAAGUCAAGGAUGGCUAUUUUCAAUGUGGUUUCUGCAAACGCCACUACAAUCGAGCAGAUCAUUUAAUUCGUCAUGUUCGAUCACAUACUCGAGAGAAACCAUAUGUUUGUGAUGUCUGUGAUAAAGGAUUCGCGCGUCCGGAUCUCUUAAAACGCCACGCAGCUGGGCAUGCAAACGAUCGGGAUCGCAAGCGAAAAAGAAGCUCUUCGGUCGCAAAGCAGAGUCGAGUCUCACAAGCUUGUAAAACUUGUGCCUCUUCAAAGCUAAAAUGCGACGAAGAGAAGCCCUGCAAAAGAUGUCGAGAGAGGAAUCUUCAAUGUGACUGGCAGGAUAUCCCACAAGAUUCCUCUCCCGAGCCGACCCAACAGAAUGAACGAGAACCCCAAAUAAACCGCCCGCCAGUUGACUUGGUAUCCAAGGUGGCAUUUUCACCAAUGCCGACCCCUCUGGAAGAUUUCCCACAGUCUAAAGCGAUCUUAAUGACUCCUCAAGGACCGCCACUGGAUCCUUUGCUUUCUCCAGGGGUCCCCACAGGGGGUGAGCGACAUUCGAUUGAUUAUGGUGUCUCACCUACAGAUCAGGAAAGUGGAAUUUUCAGUGUCGACGGCACCUUUUUUCCGAAUUUUAUCCCCGACUCGUUAAUUUCCUCCCUUGGUCGAUAUAACGACCCGUUCGACCCGUCUAGUUUUAUUGCAGAAUUCACACCGUACGGAGCGCUGGAAAAUCCUGCCCUGGAUUUCAGUUUGACCGAUGGCGACUUUGGUCUGAUCGACUUAUAUAACUCCGGCAGUCUGAUGCCAGGCUAUGAAAACGAACAAGAUCGCUUCGAUGUUGACAGUGGGAUCGGGAUUGGGGCUGAGGCUUAUCAUCGAUCUUCAUUGUCUGCAUGGAAACCCCUACAGGAAGACCGAGCGUUUGCCGACCACGAAAACCUGUCUAUCCCCCAAGCGAUGGAUAGUCCCGAGGUCGCUACUGAGCGACAAAUAUUAAGUGAUCGUUUGUCGGCGAGUAGCCGGGAUUUGAUUUUUGGCCUGGUUCUUGAGAUCAGUCGAGAAGCCAACCUGCAUCGAAUUAUGAAGUCCUUUCCAAGUACCGAGCUACUGGACGGGCUCAUUCAACAAUUCUUCGAGAACCAAAGUCAGAGUGUUGUUUCCUUCAUCCAUGGACCAACUUUUCAUCCAAAUAGUGAACACCCAAGUAUCCUUGCUGGGCUGGCUGCAGCAGGUGCGGUGCGUUCACACAUUCCCACUAUCAGAAAGCUUGGCUAUGCUUUGUUGGAGAUUGUGCGGAUGUAUAUGCCGAUCAAGUAUGAAAGUGAUAAUAGUUCCACGCGAGAUCUCCGUACAUCACAGACUUAUGCCUUAAAUAUUGAGAUUGGUGUCUGGAGUGGCAACAGGCGAAAGACUGAAAUCGCAGAAAGCUUUUCUCAGCCAUUGAUUACAAUGCUCCGUCGAGGCUUGCGGUUCCGUCGAUCAAUGUACUCCAAUAUUAUCCCUCUACCCGAGGAUAAUGAUGAAGUUUUAGAGCGCAAAUGGCGUGAGUGGAUUGAGCAAGAGUCUUUCAAGAGGCUCGUGUAUCACAUAUUUGUGCAUGAUUCCCAGACUGCAAUUGCUCUGAACGUGAACCCCUUGAUAUCAUACGCCGAUCUGGAAUUGCCAUUGCCAUCGGCCCGCUCACUGUGGGAGGCAAAAACUGCCAAAGAAUGGAAACAGCUAUACGGUGUUAUGACCCCCGAGCGAGUCCCAUCACUAUCAGACCUUCUUCGCGACAUGUCUCAAUUAUCCCUAUUACAGGAUCGAAUCGACACCCAAUUUUCUACACUGGCUCUUCUGAACGGUCUCUCCGCCCUGAUCAACGAAUACCAUCGCCUUAAAUUCAUUUCAACUAAUUCUAAGCAUUGGCACGCCCUUGUGACCAGCUCCCGUCAGCAAGAACUCGAUCAAGCCCUGCAGCAUUUCCGAAUGGUGUGCUCUGAGUUGCAUAUUCCCCCUCGUCCUGAAAUUGUUUUAGUCUGUGAGGCAGUGUCUAUGCUACUCCAUAUGUCCCUGGAAGAACUACAACUUUUUGCCGGAAAGGAAGAUAAACAAGAAGCACGUCGCGUCUACAAUUCCGCCCUUGAAUGGAUCUCAAGUACAGAUUCAAGGCGAGCAAUUUGGCACGCAGGCCAGAUUAUCCGCGCAGCUCGACGAAUGGCACCUGGCUCUUUGACAGGGUUCUUGGCUAUUGGUGUGUUCUACGCAAGCUUGGCUUUUUGGUCAUAUGGUGUGGUGUCCAGAGCGAAGAGUACCCGACUCACCGGUAGUCCUGCAUCCCAAUCAUCUGUUCAGGGUCCGAUCGUGCUCCUGGACGGUGAAGAGGUUGCUGAAGUCUCCAAGUUUGUGACUCUUGGCUGUGGUCGACCGGCCCUAGAAGGACCAAAUGGGCCUGUGUUCUUGUCAGAUACUAGCUUGACUAUGCAGGUUGCACAGAGAGCUCUUCACGCCGAUACCUCGGAUAGCACGCCGCCACUAUCCCAGAGCUUGAGCCAACUCAUGGCCGAUCUCGCACACUGUGUCCGAAGUUCUUAA